ACAUUAUAAAGCACAUAAAAAAGUAUAUAUUUCUAAUCUGAAAAUAGUUUCCAAUCAUGUCCUCCAAUGGAACAUGAUAGGAUGGACAGUCAUAAUUAUGUCCCUAUAUGUGGCCCUAUAUGGGAAGCAAGCUUGCAUACGGUGGAAUUAUAUUGCAAAACAACAAAGAACGAUAGCUGUCGGAGGAGGCUUCUCGUCCUCUGCCAUUGAUGAAUUCGCCUGAAUACCAAAUACCAAAGAGGCGUGCCCGCUUGUGUGUUAUUCUGCGUGGGUGCGUGCGCGCCCCCCUACUGUGUUUUCGGGACAAGCUUGAAACGGUCAAGUCGCAAAUUUGAUUUUACAAUGUAAAUAGAAAGUAGGAGAAUCAUUCGCGAAGUCGUAAAUAUCUAUUUAAAAUUACCUUAGACUGGGUACAUCAGUUAUUUACUGAACCAGCUAAUUGUGCAUUUGCUGAAACAGUCAUAUCGGUGUUUUUAGGAAUUACAAGGGAUUUAAAACAGAAUAACUAUGUAUCGGUCUCUGUAUGCUUUCCGAUCCGCGGAGCCCAACUCGCUCCACUUCGGGGCCGGGGAGGGCUUUCUGAUCCUGGAACGCAGCAACAAACACUGGUGGCUCGGGUCGCGCUGCAGUUCGGGCGAAACCGGCUACGUUCCCGCUUCUUACAUCGAAAGGAUUCAGGCUCUGGAGCAGGAUGAAGUGUUACAGUCUAUCGACAGGGCCAUCGAAGGGAUCCAUAACGUGGCCAUGAAGAACGGGGGCAAAUACAACCUGGAGCAGCGAGACGUGCUACAGAAGUUGAUCCAUCACAGGAAGGAGACCCUGUCAAGGCGAAGUCCAACUCCAUCCAGUCACAAGCAGGGCCUGCCCUCAUCUACCAGCGAACUGUCCCUCAGCCACACCCCUCAACCACCCAAUGGUGUCAGCCGCACCCUGUCAGAGAGUACAGACAAUGUUCAAGGACUUUACCAGGUGCCUCCUCAGCCCCGCCGUGCAGCACCCAUAACCCCUCCCCCUCCUGAGAAACAAAGAGCCAGCCAACGCCCAGCAGAAUUUUCCAUUCCUCCUCCUCCUGGCCCUACCCCUCCUGCCGGGACUGGCCUGUCCCCCUCGGUAAGCUCCGCCUCCCUGGACUCUGUCUCCUCCCACUCGGUGGUGUCCUCUGAUGUCAGCCUGACAAGCGUUGCCAGCCCCGCCCCCAGUGCCACGCCGUGUGAAGCCCCCACCCCAUCCUCCAGACGACCUGCUCCCCUCUACCCCCUCUCCCCAGCCAGUUCCCUCAAAGAAGGGCCAUGCCCCCCCAACCUCCACCACCACAGCCCACUCCACCACCACAGCCCAGCACCGAGGACCAAACAGAAACCGACUGGCCUCUUGCCCCGCCCUCUGUCGCUGAAAGCACCCCCCGGAAGCCCCUCUCACUCAGAGCCUGUUCCCGGGACAACGGGGGCGGAGCUUAUUGAGCUGGUUCGGAGCAACACGGGCCUGAGUUACGAGCUGUCUCGGGUGGCGGUGGGUGUGGUCGUGGGUCACCUGCAGACCACCCUUCCUCAAGCCUCCACUGCCUUAGAGAAGGUCCUCCUCUCAUUGGUAGAGAGCAAGGAUCAGAGAUCUGCGUUGCCACAGGGACAAGUGUGUCAUGAUGAACAGCGCCUGGAGGUCAUCUUAGGCGACCUUGCCCGUCACGUUGACGACUCUCAGCAGCGCAGCUGGGCCCUUUACGAAGACCACUCCCUCAUCGCAUGUUACCUGGAGGAGCUGCUGAAGAUACUGACGGAUGCAGAUCCAGUGGUGUGUAAGAGGAUGUGCAGGGUCAACCACUCUGAGCCAGUGCUGUCACUCGUGUCCUACUAUCAGAUGGAGCACCGAGUGUCUCUACGCCUGCUGUUGCUCAAGGUGUUUGGGGCGAUGUGUAGCCUGGACUCUGCCCUCAUCUCCACCCUCCUCAACUCCAUCCUACCCAUGGAGCUGGCCAGAGACCUGCAGACUGACACACAGGAGCAUCAGAAGAUGUGCUACACAGCCUUGGUCCUGACUAUGAUAUUCUCAAUGGGGGAGCAGGUGCCAUAUCACCACUAUGAGCACUUAAACGCUAGCUUUGUUCAGUUCCUGCUCGAUGUGGUAGAGGAGGGUCUUCCCUCUGACCCCACGGAACAGCUCCCUGACCUCUGCGUCAACCUCAUCCUGGCCUUCAACCUGCACCUCACAGUGCCCAGCAGCAACGUGAUAAUGCAGACUUUGAUCAAGAAAAACGUGAAGCUCUUUUCUGAGAAAAUAGUGCUGCUCCUAAACCGAGGAGAUGACCCUGUGUGUGUCUUUAAACAUGCUCCCCCUGCCCCACACUCAGUUCUUAAGUUCCUGCAGGAUGUCUUCGCCAGCAGAGACUCUGCUAACAUCUUCUACCGCGCGGACAUGAUGGUGAUGAUAGAUAUCGCUGUUCGAUGCAUCUCUGACCUCUCACCUGGGGAAAAGUUGAGAAUGGAGUACCUCGCGCUCAUGCACUCAGUCAUGCGCUCCACAGACUACCUGGAGCACCGGCACCGCCUCUCCGACCUGCAGGGCGCGCUGCAAAGGAUUCUAAGAGAGGACGACUCGGGAGCGGACGAGGGCGGGGCCACGGCCAAACAGAUGGAUAAGCUAAUAGUGCAGGAGAUCUACAAGGAAUUCCCUCAGAUCAGAGACACCUAGGACGACUGAAUAUGACAGCGGUGCUGUGCACUCAUGAGGCGGUAGUCUGUCUCCUUUAUUCCCGAAAGAUGGUACUGUGGCGCUUCCUAGGGUUGACGAAGGACUGUAGUCAGCUACUUAGUUUCUGAGUGUUACAACCCUCCGUCACACUUUUUACAAUUAUGACAUAAGAGAUGGCAUGAGCACCAGCUGUCACGGCGGUUUAUUGCAUCCGUCGUGUCAUGAUUAUGAUAAUGCUAUGUAGCUCUUAUGACGGAGGAUUCAAGUGAAGUGUUACCCAACAACAUACUGCAUUGUGCUUUAAAAGUGCUCCCUUGUACUGAGGGACCAAACUGCGGUGUGAACGGAGGGUCUUGUAACCCUGGGACUGGUGUGCUGUAUAUGUCUUCUUACUUUCAGUCUAUUCAUGUGUCUUGAUCACUCACUCUUAUUCCUCAUCACCUGGCAUGGCCUCACAGUAUGUUACUAAGACAGUUCAAAGAAAAGACAAAUUAGGUGAUUAUACUGAUAACAAAACAUUCUGGUCCAGUUUGCUAGACACCGAUUAAGCCAAGUUCUGCACUGAAAAGCGUGCUCAAUGGAGAAUCUACAUUAACUAGGCUUAAUCUGUGUCCUGGAAACCAGACCUCUGACAAUAAUACAUUCUAGGCUUUGAGGUUAGUUUAGUACUCACUAUUUAUUGCAAUGGCAAUGCUGCUAUAUGAGCCUCAUUUACCUUAAUAUCUAUGGCUGUGAUUCUCUGACUGAGCACAACUUGUUACCUUGCUCUUGCCAUUACUUGUGACCUUGCUUUCGCCAUUACUUGUGACCUUGCUUUCGCCAUUACUUGUGACCUUGCUUUCGCCAUUACUUGUGACCUUGCUUUCUUCCCUACACUUUAUCUACAGUAACCUCCACUCUAGGUAUGGCUAAAAUAUGACAUGCUCUAAAUGUGUCUCAACCAGACCACUCCUACUCUGCUCUGCUGCUUGUGCUGUAGAUGGAACGUAAUGGUACUGUAAUGACAAGCUGUAAAACGCUGCUUCUACAUACUAAGCCUUGACUAACUUCCUAUAUAGCUAUGGCUCUCUGAAAUGGAAUGUAGUUAUUUAUUCAUAGGAAAUAAUUGAUAAGGAAUUGAUAAGAUUCGAUUGGUCAGUUUUUUGUUGUUGUUUUUUUUAAAUGUAGUCUGGAGUUAAGGGACUUGUCACCAAGAUUGAUUGAUUGCUUUGCCCUGAUCAUUUUGGUCUGAAAUCUAUCAGUUACCACAGUACGGUGUCUCUCCGUCAGAGCUCUUUCUCCCUUUGUGUCAUAGUUUAUUUUUACUUGGCUCUGUUAGAGCUAAUAGGGGAAGUGUUUAUGUGGCAAAAUAGUUGUGGCCAUCAUGAUGCACGUAUACCUUUUAACACACAAUUAAAAGGAAGUAUUUACACAUAUAAACAUAUAUACCAGAGUGUGUUUUCUCUGACGUAUGUGUUUUUAUUAUCCGGUGUUAAUGCAUAAAGCUAUGCAUGUGUGUGUCUAUGUACGGUUUGUGUAUAUUUUCGUAACUACGUAUGGUUUUAUCAUCGUCCCUGUAGGUUUGAGCCUCCAUUGUCCCUUAAGGUACGACUGUGUUAUAGCAAUAAAACCAACUGAACUAUAUUUUCCCAAUUAAAUAUAUCUGAAAUGGUUGUUCAGAGAGGGGUGACGCAACAAAGUGUAUUUUCUUAAUGUUACCAAUCAACUAAUAAACAUCUCAAUGAACA